UGGACGAUCUAGAUAAUUUCGACUAGUCUCGAAAGCUGAUUGUUUACACUUUACUGGGUCGCGGGAGGAGCGUCUCUCUGGGUUGUUGGAGAGCCUCGCCACACCUCCUCAAGUCGAGGCUAUGGCCAAUUCUCAAGAUGCAUAUUACCUGUCCCUGCUAGCACUGGCCGAGAGGUUUCGAACCCAAGAGCCCGCCAACAUCAAGAGUUGCCUGCAGUGCCUGCAAGCAGUACUGACCUUCCGCCCUCCACCUAAGGUUGAGGCUCGCACCCACCUUCAACUGGCAAACCUUCUCAUACAGUACACGAACAACACACAGCUGGCUCAGGAUCACCUGGAACAGGCAUGGACCUUGUCCAUGAAUAUUGCUGGAUUUGAUGAUGUACGAUUUGAGGCUGCAAGUGAACUGGCAAAAUUAUAUGAGCAGACUGGAGGUGCUAGCAAUGCGAAAUCUUUGUUACGUCGUGCAAUUGAGUUAUCUCGACAGAGUGUGUAUUGGCAUUGUCGUCUAAUCUUUCAAACGGCUCAAUUAGGGCUAGUGGAAUUUGACUAUGCAACGGCUGGUGGUCUUUUGCAAAUGGGCCUGGAAUACUGUCAUAUUCAGGGUGUUGCCUACACACAGCUGCUAUUCCUUUUAAGCAAAAUUAUGGUGAUGCUUUUGGAGGGCCGUGUAGCUGCAGAAGUUCAGACCUUACUUGCUCAAGCCAACCAGAGUGUUGAACAGUAUAAUGGAGCACAAGGACAGAAGGAACACCUCAGGGUAUUCUACCUAGUGCUCCUAGUGUGCCACAACCUCAACAGCGGACAGGUCAAAAGUGUUAAGCCAGCACUCAAGCAGUUGCAGCAGUCCAUACAAAACAUUACCCAGCUUUCAGAACAAGAAAUCAUCCCGAGCAGUGGAAGUGAAAUGUUUGCUUGGCUGCCACGGGAGCAGCUGUGUGUGCUGGUGUACCUGGUGUCAGUCAUGCACUCCAUGCAGGCAGGCUACAUGGAGAAGGCACAGAAGUACACAGAUAAAGCUCUACUUCAGAUUGAUAAGCUGAAAGCUGAAGAUAAUGCAUCCAUCUUAAGCUCAGUGCAGCUACUGCUUCUGGAACACAGUGUCAUGUGUCAUCUGAUUAUUGGCUCAAAAGCUCAAGCCAUCAAGGAGAUUGCCAAAGUGUGCCAACUACUUCAGCAGGAUGCUAAACAACUUCAGGCCCAUCGUGCACAGUUGCACACACUACUUGCUGUGUAUGCCAUGAGUAUGAACAACUCUAGUGCAGCGGAAGUUCAGUUUAAUGCUGCUCUCAGGGCGGCGCACAACUUGCGCGAUAUUGGAUUAUGCGGAUUUGGAGUUACGCGGACCUCAAAAAACCGAGAUCUCUGGAUAUUUGCAAAUCUUAAUCUCGCUGUGGUGUACUUGAGAUGUCAACGUGAAAGGGACUUCGUUGCCAUCAUGGACAGAAUAAACCCAGAUACACUCCCAACGCAAUCUCAAAGUCUGCGAGCAGCAUCAUUUUAUGUUCAGGGUCUCCAUGCGUUCUUCACCAGUCGACACAAUGAUGGCAAACGGUUCUUGCGGGAGUCUUUAAAAAUGGCUAAUGCUGAGGACCUGAACCGCCUGACAUCAUGCUCCUUGGUACUCCUCGGACAUAUCUUCCUUGCCCUUGGGAAUCCUCGGGAAGCACACAACAUGGUCACACCAGCUAUGCAGUUGGCUUCCAAGAUUCCAGAUCUCCAUUUACAGCUAUGGUCAUCUGCUAUCCUAAAAGAUUUGUACCGCCAGUUUGGUGACGUUUCCCAUGAGCAAGAGAGCAGUCAGAAUCAUUACAAUUUCUCUCAGACACUACUUACUGAUCACAUGACUGCAUCACAACUGCCAGAGCAUCAGCUUAUCAUGUGGACAGAGGGUCCUUUCCCCCUGCCUGGGAAUGAGAAGAUGUGAAAACUUAUUAUAAAGUUCUCAGAAUGUCUGGUUCUUCUUUUAUUGAUUGUACUAUUAUUAUAUAUGCGUGUGCAUGUAAUUUGUUUUUUAAGAAACUUGGGAUAGCUUGCAGUUUGAAAGCAUCUAAUUUAUUUGCAGCAUUUUAACCACUAGCUAAAUAUAUCAGAAUUGAAUUUCUAAAAGAUGCUAAGUAUAUAGAAUAUUUAUCAAGGUAGAGGCUGUCUGACAAAAUUUUAACAAAAGUCUACAUCAAACAUUAAUGAGAAAACUAUUAGCAAAGACAUUCUGCAUUAAUGACAAAUGGUAAAAUGUUAAAAUAAGAAAUGCAUUAAUUGAGAUACAUGAAGCCUACAUAAUUUUUUGUAAACCUUGUUUCAAGUGAAAUGCAUUCGUGCGAAUAGUUAUAAAAGUUAAGUACAGCUGUGCAAAUACCAGUACACUACUGAAAUUUUAACGCAAUUGAAGGUUCGUGAAAAUUCUUAUUGUUAUCAUAUUCUCAUAACCACAGUAGAGCAUAUACUAUACUCUAUUGCAUUUUCAUGACAUAUGCAUAAUAUGCCUAGAUAGUUUUGUUUAGAUAGACAUUCAUAUGAUGUAAGCAGUAAUAAUUGUGUGCAUCUGUUGUAUAUAGUGCAUUAUCAUCAUUCUUUUAUCAAUUUAAAUGUUAAUAAUUUGCUUUACCUCAUUAUGACAAAUUUGAUUCUCAUAGAUUUUUAAGAUUCUUAUAUGUAAAUUUAAAUUUGUACAGUAUAUAAAUUAUUUGUACUACAGUAGUAUUUUAUACAUGUUCACAAAAAAAAAUUCCAUAAUAAGAGUGCAUAAUUUUUUUAUUUAAGCUUAUUAGAUUAUGAGAUCCAAAAAGCCAAGCUAAUUUCCUCUUCUCUUUUAUAUUCUGUACUUCAUUUUAUUUGCUCCCUUACCCCAUCUAUCCUAUUGCCUCUUCGGUCAUUUGGACAUGUGUGGUUCUACUCAGCCUUCUGUCACCUUGCUUUGAUUAACCCAAGUUGUGUCAGGAGAGGGAGUGGCUGCCAGUACAUUGGAAUAUUUUGUAAACUAACUGGCACUUAAAAACCUGUACACCUUUCCUUGAUCUUGGCAGCUUAAUCUGCAUUUAUUAAUUUGAGCUUUGAAACUUUGCACCCCAUGGUUAUUAUUGUUACAACAUCACAGUGCUUUGAAGCUCAUAAACUGUUUAAUAAAGCCUAACAAAGUCACCAUAGUUGAGGAAAGAUGUGAUGGUUUUGUAAGUGAGUACAUGAGUACGUCAUGAAUCCUGGCACUGAUCAGGUGUUGGCAUAUCAGAAUUAUUAAUUACCCCAUGAAGGUCAUGGUAUUAGUUACAUGGCUUUGAAUCUUGGGUAUUAAUAUGUUUGUACUUUUAGUAACACAGGUGUAAAUUAUACCGGUAGGCACCAAAAAACCAACAAAAAAAAGUUUUAGAUCAAUAUUUUAGUCUUAAUGUAGAGUAUUCAAAUACUUUUGGUGCUACUGUUGUCCUAAGUGCUGUGUUCUCAAUUCAUGUAUUGAUUGUACUGUAUACAUAGCUGUAAGGCAGAUAUAUUACACUUGUGCAGCAGUUAAGCAAAUUUAAUUAGAUUGUUGCGUGCAGUAUUGUAAUUUUAACCAUGAAGUUUCAUCAGUAUAGUAAUUUAACCUGGGUUAUCCUUUAAUUGCCAUUUCAGUUGAAGCCGUGUUUUUCCAACUUAUGUUUGUGUGUAAUUGCACUUAAUGUGUCAUCACAAGUUUGAAAGUCAGCCUGUGGUAUUUAAAUGUUUGGUAAAACAUCUUAAUUUCUUUAGUUUUUGUGAUAUACUGUAUAUAAGAAUUUAACUUAAUUCUAUUAAAAAUUUUAAUUGAAACAAAAACUUUUAUUUUAAAUUUUGUCAAUAUAUUCAAGUAUAUUGUAAUUCAGUUAUAGAGAAUAUACAACUGUACAAACUGGCUGCUAAAUGAUUAAAUUUUUUUUUAUAAUAUUACACAGCAUUUGAAUAUUGGAUGUGUUUAUGUUGCAGCACAUAUUUUGAUCUCAUGUAAAAAAACAAAUCCAUUGCAAAAUUUAAUUGCUUGUAUACUUUAGUACUAAUUUUGUGAGCAUUUGUACUCGUGUAUUUCCUGUUCAUAGCAUAGGAGAAAUCUGUGAGAGACAUCAUAUUGAAUAAGUCAUUUUCUGGGGGAGCCCCCUUGUGGCUUCCUGAAGCUAUCUUGCUGAGAUUGCUUCAUACUAAAAAGUUACAUCAUUUGCAAAAGUUCUGUUUGGUCUAGCGGGGCCCAUUACUGGUACCUGGCCGUCCCCCCUCACAGGGAGCGAGUGACAGUUCCAGCUAUCCCACCAGGAAAGCAUCGAGAAAAUCGGCAAAGCUUUACUGACAACUGGAGGGUUCACAGAAAAUCAGCAUUGAAUUUAAUGAAACGCCAUUUUGUGGGUGAGACACGGAGGCUCCCUGACAUCCUUCCCUCCUGUUAGCAUUUUUUUUCGCGUUUUUUUAUAUUCAGCCUCUGAACUAGGGUUGGGUAGAUGGCACAGGAGGUCUGGGGCUCCUCCUCCCCUUCCCCCUCCCACGGAGGGUGGGAGCUGUGCAGACAACAGCGCGGUGGCUGUGAUGACGUCAUGCUUGUUUUCUGAUUGGGGAGUUCUUCCUGCUCGUUCGGCUUUUGGUUUGCAAUUUUUAACUAGCUGUAGUUUGUUUUGGGAUUCUACCUUUCUGGGUGCCUGACCUGGUAGAUGGCAGCAUAAACUGCUUCCAACUACCUGGGCAUGUCUAUAGGCCAUUGCUCCUUGUGCCUCUCUGAGGGGAGCCAGAGCUAAGAACUCCAUCGAUUGACUGUUGCCACGGUCUAAUAUAUACACAUUAGCCCCAGUAUAGCUCCGGGGAGCCUCCGGGUCUCGCCCAUAAAAUUGUUUCAUUACAUUCAACGCUUUUUUCUUUUCUUUUUUUUCAAAUUGGUGAUAUAUCAUUAGGCUAAAACUGCAUUCAGUUAUGUGUUUUUAGAAUUAUGAAACCAAUUUCAAUUUUAUUAAAGGAAACUAGACCUUGGUGAAUGUAUGUUAUUGUGAUAAAAACUUUUUAUGUACAUUGGUUUAAUGUUACAGUACUUUAUUUUUCUGACAAUUACCCCACUUAUAAAUAUAAAUUGUUUGCUUCUGAUAACUCCUGGCCCAUCCCCUCUUAUUUUCCCAUAAGAUACCAAUUAUGUUUUUGUAAUUUGUAUUUAUUAUAAAUCUUUCAUAUGUUUUCACUUCUUUUGCAGCAAAAUAUUGUCAUAACAAUUUCUGUCUGCUAUUUUUAUAGAGACAGAACAAACUCAUCCACGAGAUUAAGAAAGUACUGAAGAAUUUUUUAUAUUAUUUCUCCAUGUUUAUUUGUGCAAACAAUUGAUGGCUGUAUCUUUUCUAUGAUGGUUGUAGAAGUUCACAGAAUUUAUAAUUAAAUGUUGCUUCUAAGUCUCUAAACUUACUCAAAUGUUUUGUAUUGAUUUCCUAUAGAAAAACCAUAAAUGAUGAUUAUAAUACCAAUGAACAUAAACCUGUUUUCAACAUCCAUAAUUAUUAGCAGGAAUUAUUGUUACUGAUGGAAUUAUUGUUAUCUGAGGGCAUGGGGCAGCAACAGUUUUAACUCUGGCCUCUAACAAAACUUUCACAGAGUUACCAUGUAGUAGAGUACAAAAUAGUACUUUGUUAGUUCCAAUUACUUCUCAAUACUAUUUAAUCAUAAUACAAUGCUUUUUAAUUUACUAUUUAUAUACUGUUGUCAUACUAAUUCUCUUGAGAGCUGUUGUAUCUCACUUUGGUAUGACACCUGUGCUCCAUAAAGGAUUCGGAUAACUUCUUCCUGUCAUAAAUUUACUCUUGCAUUUCAUAUAUUUUUGCAUUUAUAAUAAGUUUAUUUUUUAUAUCAUGUUAAAACUUCAUUGUAGUUUUUGAGCUGAAGAUCAUGGAUUAUAAUGGAACUAAUUAAACUACUAUUAUUAUGCUUUACAGAGUUAUUAAUACAGUACAGCAUAUUCUUGGUGAUUUGAUUUGCUGGUUCCUUUGAUUUCCAUAAAUGUACAAACUACUACUCUACCCUUUGAUGUUAUGCCAAAAUUGUUUGUCUUUAUAAUACUACAUUUGAGAAAUGUUGCUUGUCAUGUAAGGGUUACCAUAGUUUGCUUUUACUUUUGGCCAUUAAAAUGUGUUCAGGAUUUCUUUUUGAGUGUAUAGUUCAUUAUUUAUAAGGUAUCUUUGUCGUGUUCAUUACUUAUAGGUUAUGAGCUUCGUGUAAAAUUCCUCUAAUUUUAAGAGUGAAAAUCUCUAUCUCUGUAGUCUUUUUCAGUGCCCAGAUAUUUGGUGAUCUGUUAUAUUUAGGUGACAUCUUAUUUUGAACAAUGAAAAUGAAUAUGGCUGAUCUAGUCACAGUAUAGCGCAUUUUUUCACCUGUUUAUGUUCAAAUUCUCAUCCAGUGUGCCACAUUCAUUACAUGUAUGUAUCUAAUGCUACUUCAUUUAAAAAAAUUUGAGGUCCCAUCAGUGGCUCCCUGAGCUUAACUCUGUUACCACCGAAUCUUAACCCAAUACACCAGGCCUUUGAGACCCUUACCCUACCAGGAGCCAGGACAAGAACCUGGCUCCUGAGGAGAGCAGGGGAUCAGAGAUCAACCACAAAACUGGGAAAAAUCCACCAGAAACGAUUAGUUGUUAAAAAACAACAACUACAUGAAGAAAAAUUUGCACCCCUGGGCAAACAAGCUAAAUGAUCAUGCCCUGUUUGUAAUGCACAUGAUCACCACAAGGUAGCAGCCCAGGUCCAUUACUCCUAUGCCUGGUGUUAUCAACUCAACACCAUUGGCCUCUGCAGGACCUACUCGCCAGCUUCUCGCAUACACUGCUGAGUGUUAUUGCCCUUCUCUGGAACAUCAGUUCUGUUGGAGGCCAUUGUUUUGUUUGCUUUCAAUUACACUUCACAGUGGUUUAUAUACCACACCCACUGUUUGCCUAAGCAUUACAUUUCACUCCAAUUGUGGCCAGGGUUACCACCUGUGGGGGGUUGACUUGCAUUUCUCUUUCCCUACUCUAUCAGAAAUACUUGCUUUGAGGGCUACAUCCUCUAUGAGUUGACCUCGUGUCUCUCCACUUCUAGGCAGUGCAUGCGAUUUAAUCUCCCAUCAGGAGCCUAUUGAUGGGAAAAAGACAAAGUUUUAUUCAAAUAAUAUACUGUAACUCGCCAAACCAUGCAAAAUGAGUUUUGCCACAUUAUAAGACUAGACUAUCAUGCUGGCCCUGUUCAUGUGGGUGUUAGGGGCCUUGUACUUUGGCCGAGGAUGCACUUGUGCCACAUUCAUGACUUUUCGUGAUUCAUGGCUGCUUAUGCCUUCCCUCGCUGAAUGUUCAAGGUCGGGGUUUGGUAUUUACCCUGUGCCCAAAUGCUUUCAGUGCACCUGGCAUGCCUGCUGUCUUUCAGUAUAAUAGUUUGGUUAGCUGGAUUCCCUCACCCCAGUGGUGUUUAUUGUCUACUAUUUGUUUUCAGCUUUGUUGUUAUUGCUUAUGGUAUUGUUUGUAGCUUUCUAAGUUACGCUUUGGGGUUUUUAGGCUCCAAGACAAUUUCCACGGCCUCAGUCAUGCAGUCUUCUGGGUCCAGGGGUACUUUUCACCAGCAGAUGUGUGUUGGACUUCAAUUUUGAGCUGAGCAGUUGCUUUGUGGGCCAGAUUUCUGAUGUUGCUGUAACAGCUUGUCUACAGUGGGUGGUGCAGAUCCUGAUUUCUGUUGGGCUGCUCUGGUGCUUUCUAUGACGGCCUCCUCUGUUGCGGCACCAUUAUGAGUAAGCUCAGAGAGUCACUGAGGGGUUCCUUUCAGAAAUCAGGUACAGUAUUGAAUGUAUUGAGUUCCCAUCUGCUUCCCUUCUUCCCUGUGGGGGUUUUAAGGUUUUACAAUGAAGGCUCAAUAGUGUUGGGGCAGGAUGGCAAUCUGAGGUGACCUUUGCUACUAUCUGGCAGUGGCAAGACACAUCUUUGUCAGGUUAUUUACUUUAUGGUAGUAUUCAUUUGCCUUGUUUACCUAGGAGUGUAUAUUCCUUCAACCAGUUGCUUGUUUUGUGUACCUAUGUUUUCUUGUAGGUUCCCAGUUUUGUGUUUGAUCUCUGAACCCCUCAUCUCAUUGAGUGAGCCAGAGUCUGGUGCUGGCUCCCAGUAAACUAGAAGGCUCUCAGAGGCCUGUUGUGUUGGGGGGUACCAGAGUUGAUCUUGAGAAACCACUUGGGACUCACCAGAAAAAGCCUUUUCCUUACAAUGAAUGCUUAAUUUGUUUUAAUGCAAUUUAAUUUUACUAAAUAAUAUUACCUUUAAGGAUGAAAUUAUUUUAAAAUGAUUAUUAAAGUUGUAUGGAGAUAUUUUUUUAGACAAUAAACUCACUUUUGAAGCCA